GCUGCUUUGUGACAAUAGAAACCAAUCCAAUUUUAAUGAGCCAGUGGGCCAUGAAGUAAUGAUGAUUCCUCAACAAUGAGCUCAUGAACUGUCCAAUAAGAGAGCCAUGUUGAUCAAAAGACCCACACAAUCCACCGGCUGUUAUGGUUGUACAUCAUGACGUCAUGAAGGAAGAAACAAGCGGCCGUGUGGCCUCUUACCUUGAGGCUCAACAACCUUUAAAAACACUAAACAUCAUGCGGUGCGAGAAGGAAACUUAUCCACUAUACGAGAAAAAAGUCGUCGGAAAUGUCCAGCCUAAAGAGGAACCAAAAAAUGAAGAAAACCGAAAAUUUUUGCGUGGCGUUGUCACUUCUCUCAUGUAUGUUCUGGAACCGAUUUUGCCGGACGAUGGCGUAAAGGGAGACGGAAAAAUCGCUAGCUUAUUGUACUUGAUUUGUCUAACAACAGCGGGGGUGGUAUUUAAUCUUUCUAAAUGGCUUCAAGAUGAUUCUAAGGCCGACUCCGGCGUGACAACGGACCACAUUGAUGGGUUCCUGAUCACCUGUAUCUGUCCAGCUCUGUUGUGGAUCUGUUACAUCUUUUGUAAACAAAGCGAUCGGAAGACAGUAGACUUCAUCACGCCUUCGCCCCACUCACACAGACCUCUGAUGGCGGGUGCUUACGUUUUCGGCGCAGGAAGUUGUGUCAUGGAUCUCCUCCACAUAACAUUUUAUAUCGAAUGCUCAUCCAACUUAUCCAGCCUUUUCUUCUCCAUUUUCAAGGCUGUGUUUAUUUUUGCGCAAAUUCUAUUUUUAAGAAAGUUUGCCACAGCCACCCUUCAUAAAUCACCGAGCAUUCGACUUGUACUUUUCCAUAUACUUGGUACCAACGUGUGCCUAUGGUUUCGAGCGCUUUUUAGCCAUUCGAAAAGCAUUUUCAGCGCGCGAAAAUCACUUGAAGAUCUAAGCACUCGUGAAGAGAACGCUUGCUUUGCAAAUCAUUACUCCAUGAAAAAGAUUUGGGAGGCGUCCGAACCUUAUUUAUAUCCAUUUACCAUGGAGUAUUCACUAAUCGCGGGUGGCAUUUUGUACACCAUGUGGAGCGGGAUGCGGGAUCUUGAUCCCGACCCACAAGAUAUUUAUAUCUAUGACGAGCUGUCUGACUUUAAUACGACAUCAGAUAAUCUUAGUGAACGACUAGAAAAAUUCGAACAUGACCACGGAUAUGGGACCUGCGAAGCCGCCACACCGUCUAGGGAUUCUGUAUCAAGUGGCAGAUUUUCCAGCCGUUUCUCACUGAACAGAGCCAUGUCAAACUCGUCCAUAUGUCAGUCAUGCAUCGAGAAUCAAGAUGCACUUCGCAUGCACGCGAUCCCCAGCUCGGACCCAGGCCUUUUGAUUGGUCUCUUGUUCUCGAUCGUUUUGCUACUCGCCGUGGGUUUACUGUGGGUUGACCGAGACUCCCUAAACGCGCUUAAAUUUUAUUACCUUUACCAAAUUAUUUUGCUGGUGUUCAUGUGCGUGGCCUGCUGGGUAGUAUUGAGGUGUUUAAUGAAUCAAAAAUUUACGUGGUACCCGUUUGGUGCAGAUGACACUCUCUUGAUAGUUUCGUUCACAGGGAUGUUUCUCUACGCCGGUUUAUGCCUCACAGCUGCCAUCGCCGAAAUAAGGAAUCAUCGUUACGCAUCGGAUUUCUCACUCGCUAAAUCAACAUUGAUUCUGUUCCAAGCCAUGCUACAGGCUACUGCUCUUAUCAAGGCGCUACGUUUCAGACCGCUCAAGGAACUGGGAGCGAAUAUAGUCCGACAAGGAACGCUGUUUUUGCUGACCACGAAUGUUGCACUGUGGGCGCAGGAUUCAUUCUUCGAAAUGAGGAACUUUGCGACCACACCAGUUCAGACGGUGUUUUACGGUGAGACUUCCUGGAGGGCAAUUACCACUUUAGCUUAUCCUUUAUGUAUUUUCUUUCGCUUUCACUCUGCAGCUUGCUUAUUUGAAGUGUGGUCUUGCUUUAGAGUUAACAACUUGAGCUAAGAUCAUGCAAAAAUUUUGCAGUCAAGGGAACAAGUACUGGUCGAAUUUGUCAUGAGAAUCUUGGUCUUUCGCUCCCUCUCACUAGAGUACCUCUGUAACCUAUAGUUCGGAAAAAGAUCGGAAACGUUCGGGAACAUUUCGUGUUCAAAAUAAGGAUAAACUGAGAACAGUGCUUGUUUUUUUGACUGUAUUGGGCUUCCAGCUGAGGGAAAUUUUCGGUGGUCAAUUGAAGGGGGAGUGCAUUGAUUAGAUCUCACCUGUAGCUUAGCCAGCGUUAAAAUAGUUUUCCCACUUUUAGAUUCAGGAAAUUAUUUCGUUUAUAAACCCUCAAAAAUAUCAGUAUGCUCUUGCGUUUAAUUCGACCACGGAUACAUCAGGAGAGAGAUUCUGUUGUUCGCUCAGCUGAAUGUUCCCAGCUGAUGUAAAAAGUUCCAGUAGUUUUAUCAUUUGACAGAAUUUUUCCCAUUUCCGGACUAAAAGUUUUAGCCAUGCUAAAAACUUGAUUGCAUCGCGGGGGGGCUUCGAAGCGAACGGUUCUUCGAUGAAAAGUAUAUUUCCACGUGGUCCACCAUCUACUAACGAGCUUGAAGUAAGAUUCGGUGAACAUUUCUCGCUAUUUAUUUGCAAAGUCAUGGAAAAGGAAAAAAACUGAUCCAUUUUAUAACAAAAAAUCUUAAAUGAAUAGUCAUUUUUAGUGUAUAUAAUGUUCAUGUAUAUAUUUUUCAGUACAUAUCAUCGGUUGUACAAACCAUUUUUAUUACCCAUUCCGUAUGAUUCACUCAAAUGGAUGAUUCUUCCUAAGCUCCACGACUCGGGCGAAAUAGAUGCGCUGUAAAAUUGGCGGUUUUGUAGAUCAAUAACUUUUUUUCGGUAAUAUCGAGUUUAAUGAUAAUCAUUUAUAUAU